AUGGCCUCUUCAAACAAGACUGUCAAGUGUUCGCACAAGUUUACGACCCCACUUGAUGGUACGCAAUUUGAAUUAGGCGUGACAUUGGGCACUGGAUCUUUUGGGCGUGUUCGUUUUGCGACACAUAAAGCGACUAACACGUACUGGGCGAUUAAGAUCCUCAAGAAAGCCGAGAUCAUUCGACUGCAACAGGUUGAACACAUGCUCUCGGAAAAGUUCAUCUUGCUAUGUCUAGACCACCCGUUUAUUGUAAACUUGGCAGGCACAUACCAGGACACGAAAUACUUGUACAUGGUGCUUGAGUAUGUAAUUGGUGGCGAGUUUUUCACCCAUUUACGGAAGGCUGGACGGUUUGACAACAAUACGGCAAAGUUUUAUGCAGCACAGAUUGUGUCAAUCUUUGAGUACAUGCAUAGCCAGAAUUUUAUUUAUCGCGACUUGAAACCCGAAAACUUGCUGCUAGACAACGAGGGCUACAUCAAGAUCACCGACUUUGGUUUUGCCAAGCGAGUGGUGUUCAAGACGUACACACUUUGUGGAACGCCCGAGUACAUUGCACCGGAGGUACUACUCAACAAGGGACACGGCAAAGGUGUGGACUGGUGGACACUUGGGAUAUUGCUCUUUGAGAUGCUUGCAGGUCACCCACCCUUCUGCGACGAUGAUCCUAUGGCGAUUUAUCAGCAGAUUAUGUCAGGCAAGAUCAAUUUUCCGCGUUUCUUUGACCGAAACGCCAAGCGGCUUAUCAAACGUAUGCUUACAGCUGAUCUUACGAAACGAUACGGCUGUCUAAAGAACGGUGUCGAGGACAUUAAGAAGCACAAGUUCUUUGCCGGUGUCAAUUGGGACGACCUGGUAGCCCGCAAAGGUGCAGCACCGAUUAUCCCACGUGUCUAUACAGCCAAUGACACAUCCAAUUUCGAUCCGUACCCGGACUCGAUGGAGGACGCGGCUGUUCCUGUUUAUGACGGCAAGGACCCCUUUGCUGAGUUUUAG